GCCCAGCCCAGCCUAACCCAGCCCGGCCCCACAUGGCAGCGGAGCGCUCGGCUGCGCCGCAGGUUAGCUAGGGCCGGGCUCCGGCCAGCGCAUCCAGCCUCUCUAGGUCCGCCGAGUUACCGCAGGCAUUAAAAUGCAGCUGGCCGCCUGCUUCUUCUUGGGCUGCGGCAUAUUCUUAGCUUCAGGAUACAACUCCUUCAGUAAGAGCAUGGAGACCAUAGGCAAGAAGCAGUACCAGGUUCAGCACGGGUCGUGCAGCUACACCUUCCUCCUGCCCGAGGCGGACAAUUGCCGCUCCUCCGCUCCCUACGUGUCCAACGCCGUGCAGAGGGAUGCGCCUCUGGACUACGAUGAUUCAGUUCAAAGGCUGCAGCUGCUGGAGAACAUCAUGGAAAACAACACUCAGUGGCUAAUGAAGCUUGAGAAUUACAUCCAAGACAGUAUGAAGAAAGAAAUGGUAGAGAUCCAGCAAACUGCAGUGCAGAACCAGACUGCAGUAAUGAUUGAAAUAGGCACAAACUUGCUAAAUCAAACAGCUGAACAGACCCGCAAAUUAACAGAUGUUGAAGCACAAGUAUUAAACCAGACAACCCGACUUGAACUUCAGCUUUUGGAACACUCUCUUUCAACAAACAAACUAGAAAGACAGAUUUCAGAUCAGACCAAUGAGAUAACUAAGUUACAAGAAAAAAACAGCUUUCUAGAAAAAAGAGUUCUUGAGAUGGAAGACAAGCACAUGCUUCAGCUGAAGUCAAUAAAAGAUGAAAAAGAUCAGCUCCAAGUCCUAGUAGCCAGACAGAAUUCUAUUAUAGAAGAACUAGAAAAACAGUUAGUUACAGCUACAGUAAACAACUCAGUUCUGCAAAAGCAGCAACAUGAUCUGAUGGAGACGGUUCAUAGCUUGCUUACUAUGAUAUCAACACCAAACUCUAAGAACAACUUCAUAGCCAAAGAGGAGCAAAUCAGCUUCAAAGACUGUGCUGAAGCUUUCAAAUCUGGGCUGACAACAAGUGGAAUCUACACUUUAACAGUUUCAAACACUGCACAAGAGAAGAAGGCCUACUGUGACAUGGAAACUGGUGGAGGAGGCUGGACAGUGAUUCAGAAACGAGAAGAUGGCAGUGUGGACUUCCACCGGACAUGGAAGGAGUACAAGAUGGGAUUUGGUGAUCCUGCUGGGGAGUACUGGCUGGGAAAUGAGUUUGUUUCUCAACUGACUAAUCAGAAGCGUUAUGUUCUUAAAAUACAACUGAAAGACUGGGAAGGAAAUGAGGCAUAUUCAUUAUAUGACCACUUCUCUCUAGCAAGUGAAGAACAAAAAUACAGGAUUUACCUUAAAGGACUUACUGGGACAGCAGGCAAAAUAAGUAGUAUAAGCCAACCAGGAAAUGAUUUUAGCACAAAGGAUGCAGACAAUGACAAAUGUAUUUGCAAAUGUUCACAAAUGCUAACAGGAGGAUGGUGGUUUGACGCAUGUGGUCCUUCUAACCUCAAUGGAAUGUAUUAUCCAUUACGACAGAACAACAACAAGUUUAAUGGGAUCAAGUGGUACUACUGGAAGGGCUCGGGGUACUCUCUCAAAGCUACGACUAUGAUGAUUCGACCAGCAGAUUUCUAAAUACUUUGUCAUUAUGUGAAUUAUGUAUUGUAUAGUCUUCAAAGACUUAUUUUACCAAGCAACUUGUCUCAUUUUUUCAAGCCCAGAAACAUGCACUAGUGUUCUGAAGGGGUCAAUUCAGUACAGUUCCUGAAUUGCAAUCGCCUUGAUCAGCUAAAGCUCCUAUUAUUCAAUCAGACACAAAGUCUAAAGCAUCAUCCUGAUACAGCAGUGAUUUGGCCAAAUGACUCAAUAAAAAGAACAUCCAAGAAACCGUCAGACAACUUAAGGACUCUGUUUUACUAUCAUUUAUGUUAUGUACAUGUUAGUAAAUAACUGGAACUGUGAAAAAAACCCACAGAUAGUUUUAGGAAUAUGCAUUUUGCCUCACCACUGAACUUUAAACAUUAAUAUAAAACACUUAGCUAGAUCUAAAACUAUUUAUCUUUCUGUGUCAUGUGUGCCCUUUAUGUACAUAAAAAAAUACUGUUUUGUAAUUAGCUCAAUCCUAUAGUUAGGGAAUUCAUUGUUUUCCCCCAUCGUCUCCUAAACAACUUUUUACACUUAUUUGAGAAUUUUUUCCAGUAGCCUGUAUGACUAUGUUUAACAUAGGACAAAUAGCAUUUAAAUAGUUUGCAUUUAUUCUUGGGAAAUACCAUUUACAAAACCCAUCAUUUUUUCAGUCUGAUUCAGUCACUGUCUUUAAAGUGCAGAAAAUCCCUAUGAAUCACAAUAUAGCAUGUGUUCCUAUACAGUUUUUAUGAAGAUUGCACUUUUUUCUUCCCUUGUCAUUUACUUGUAAAAUAACUGACCAGUAUUUUAUAAACUGAGACAACGGCAUUAACACCAGAUGUCCGGUUGUCUAUGACAAUCAUUUAUCACCUGGUGCUGUAAUAUAUCUAUAUGUUUUGUAAAAAUAACCUAACUGAAAAACAUAUGCAUGUUCUUUGAUACAAUUAAAUUUAUGCUUAGGACUUAAGAUACAAAUUACUACAUUUUAAGAACAGGAAAAAAAAUAAUCUGAAAAUUAUCUAAGGUCACGCUAUGGGUUUUUUUC